ACAGGUUAACUGUAUUUCACAUAUUUUAUGUAGAUUCGUUGAGGAAAUUAAAGAAUUAUUUCAACAUAUUUGCUUUGUAGAAGUCAUCGGAUGUACUUUGAAUAUUUGUCUAUUAGGAUACUAUAUUUUACUUGUGAGUGAUCUUUAAAAAUACUUGUUAUGAAUCGAAAGUUGAAUAAACAGUGUUUAAAAAAUCUUUUUUUCACACAAUUUGUUUACUAAGGAGUGGAAAAAUAAUGAAACUGGUGGAAUGACGACGUAUAUGUUGUUGUUAGUGUCAUUUGUUUAUAAUAUUUUUUUGUAUUGCUACGUUGCAGAAUUACUUACUGAAAAAUGUCAGGAUGUAAGUAAUGUUGUAUAUAUGAGUGAAUGGUAUCAGUUACCUGAAAAUCUUGCUCGAGGAUUCGUUUUAACUAUUGUCAUAGCUCAAAAUUAUGAACCUAUAAAAGCUGGAAAAUUAGUCUAUCUUUCUAUUAACACUUUUGGUACGAUAAUUCGAACUGCACUGGCAUACCUGAAUAUUUUACGAACGUUUAUGGAAUAAAAGUGACCAAUAAAUUAUUGAAUAUUAUUUUUGAGCUUUCUUAUGAAUGAUUCUAUUGAAAUUUAAUUAAACAAUUCUACCUUUCAUUUUAGUCACUGUCAAUUCACAAAAUGGAUACUGAUCUAAAGAAACCUGGAAACUCUGGUGGUAUCAAAAAUUUAUUUGAAAAGUUGAGUGAUAAAAAAAA